AUGGCGGGGACCCCCACUGCACACUUGGAUCCCCUCGUGUUUCCCCGUGGGAUGGCCGAUAACAUUGAAUUGCGCGUGUGCGGGGUAAAAUCAAACCCAGAUCGGAAGUUGCUGGUAGAAGCCAAAUCUGACCAUUUGAAUAUUGCUCCAAUCCCUUCUCUAUUGUCUACAUCAAGGAAUGUCAUCAUGUCAUCACCAACAGGGAAAGGGAAGAAAAACGUCCGAAUUGACUCGCUCCCAGUCAACCGCCGAGUGGCAUCCAGAGGAUCACAGACUGCCGUUGCUGCACUAAGCGCCGCAUCAGAUGCGAUCGGACAGUUCCAGAAUGCCAGAAGUGUACUGUUCGCGGGUUUUCUUGUCCUGGAUUUCCUCUUCUUCAUCUCAGAUGGGAUCAAGGUGUGGCUAGCCGAGGCCACUUUACGGGCAAAAAAGUACCAGUCCUAUGUGAGAAGCAGUCGAGAGACCAAAAUAGCAUCUCCAAGGAAGAACCAGAUCAAUCCAUGCCAGGGGGCUUGCGCUUCCAGGAAUUCGGACCUGACGAAACAACAACUUUCGAACUCACUAUCCGACAAGCUACUUCAACAUUUCCUAUCUAACGUCGCCUUCCGCUUGACCUGGCUUGAUGGCCCGAGCAAUCCAUGGAGAAGUCUUGUCCUGCCUUUAGCAAAACGAUCAUCGUGUCUUCGUCUGUCCAUCCUAGGCCUUGCCGCUGCCCACCUAUCUGCCAUUUCGCCCGAGCACGAUCGACUCAACAUGUUGCAAGUCAAUCAUCGUAUCCGAGAUGAGAUCCUCGGUGUGCUGAGUCGAAAGAUGCGCUUCGAACUAUGCAAAACUCCUUUUUCAUCUAAUGAAAUUCAUCAGGAUCCCUCCCUCAUCGAAACUCUUGCGUCCAUGGUAGUUCUCUGCUACGGAGAGAUGCACAUACCUGGAUCCCCAGACUGGAGGCUUCAUCUUCGCGCUUGCCGAGCCAUUAUCGAAAGACAUGGUCUGCAGAUCUCCCAUGGGCGUUCUCAAGACCACGUCGUCAAAUUCUUCAUUAAGGAGGUAGUUGAUCUGGAAACAUUUGGCAAUGUUUCUGUCUUCACAACGGCACUCAGCUCGCAGGAGGCCAUUCCCGGAUCUUUGCUAUCUGAUGAGCAGCCCUGGGUCUUCACAUCACUCAUCCGAGAUAUCACUUUGGCUGAAAGGUCACAAUACGGUCAUUCGUCCAAAUGUGUCAGAAGUCCGACGCGAGUGGACAUGCAGCACUGGCACAUCAGAAUUCUUCAAGCAUACGAUAAAGCAACAGCCAUGACUGCCCUUCUACCUGCAGGACAGGUGUCCCUGGAGAUACAUUUCCGGGCCAUCAUCGAGGCUCACUAUCACGCGUGCCUCAUCUACAGCUACCAAGCAUUGGUCCCCCACGCAAGGGAGACAGGUGCAUUUCAACCCUCGAUAGACCUUCUUUGGCAAAUUAUUGAGUCUUUCGCGACUGAUUCAUUUCCCGCCUUUGCCCAUGAUAUCUUCUUUCCUUUAUUCGUUGCCGGCACGGAGUGUCAUUCAACCGAGCGUCGGUCGCAAAUUGAGGCUCUUUUUUUGCAGUCGAUAUCCACGACGGGUUUCUGGUGUAACUAUACUGUCUUGCAAUUCCUUCGUUUGUUCUGGGAGAGUGGAAACGUGGAAGUGGAGCGGAACUGGAUUCAAUUUGCCAGGCAAAAUGAGUCGCAAAUUAAUACCUUCUGCGUUUUCUAG